AUGUCUUUCAACAUGUUAUCCACAUUAAGGUCUAAUAGAUCAAUUAUAACUCAAAUAUCCUUAAACAUGGCUAGAUCAUUAACUUCUACCACUACUUUAAGAUUAUCUACUAAAGCCCCAAUUGGCACCAGAUUAUGCAUAGAAGAUGUCAAUGAAAAUGUUUUAAAAGCCAAGUAUGCUGUUAGAGGCCCAAUACCUCAAAGAGCCGAAGAAUUAAAGGCUGAAUUAUCUCGUUCUGAUAAUAAAUUACCAUUCAAGGAAAUUAUUAAUGCCAAUAUAGGUAAUCCCCAACAAUUGGGUCAAAAACCGUUGACUUUUUACAGAGAAGUAUUGAGCUUGUUACAAUACCCUGAACUGAUCAAAACCAAAGCCGAAUAUGUUAAGAAGGUUUUUUCUCAAGAUUCUAUCGAAAGAGCCGAAAGCUUGUUAAGGCAAGUUGGUUCGAGUGUGGGUGCCUAUUCUAGUUCGCAAGGUGUACAAGGUUUCCGUGAAACUGUUGCAGAAUUUAUUACCAAGAGAGAUGGUGAAAAAGCCUACGCUGAUGAUAUAUUUUUAACUGGUGGUGCUUCAGCUGCUGUUACUUAUAUUCUAGAUAUACUCUGCAAAAACGAUAAAAGUGGUGUUUUGAUCCCAAUACCACAAUAUCCGUUAUACACUGCAACAUUAGCUUUGAACAACGCUCACGCUUUGCCAUAUUAUUUGAACGAAGAAGAUGGUUGGUCUUUGGAUGUUGAAGAAUUAGAAAACGUUAUUUUGGAUUCUAUCAACAAGGGUAUUAAGCCAACUUGCCUGGUUGUUAUUAAUCCAGGUAACCCAACUGGUGCUGUUCUAAAGCCAGAAAUUAUGGAAAAUAUUAUUUUAUUGGCUGCUAAAUACGGGUUGGUGAUUAUUAGUGAUGAAGUCUACCAAGAAAAUGUCUUUUUUGGCAAGUUCCACUCAAUGAAACAAGUCUUACGUCAACUGCAAAAAAAGACAAAACAGAAUGCUUACGACCACGUUCAAUUGGCCUCAUUGCACUCUACUUCCAAAGGUGUUUCUGGUGAAUGUGGGCAAAGAGGUGGAUAUAUGGAGUUAGUUGGCUUUUCUGAUGAGAUUAAGCAAGUUUUUUUGAAGUUAUCAUCUAUUUCAUUAUGUCCUGUUGUUACUGGUCAAGCUUUGGUUGAUUUAAUGGUUUCUCCACCCAAAAAGGGGGAUUUAUCCUACGAAAAUGAUCAAAAAGAGCGUGCUGAUAUAUACAAUGCUUUGAAGACUCGUAGUUCUAAACUAUGGGAAACUUUUAACAAUUUAGAAGGGAUUAGUUGUCAAAGACCUGAGGGUGCUAUGUAUUUAUUUCCUAAAAUCGAUAUCCCACCUAAAGCUAUCAAGGCUGCACAUGAUUUGAACAUGACUCCAGAUGAAUUUUAUUGUAAAGAAUUAUUGGAAAACACCGGUAUUUGUACUGUUCCUGGUAGUGGGUUUGGUCAAGUCCCAAACACUUAUCACUUAAGAACUACUUUCUUAGCUCCAGGUACAGAAUGGAUUAAGAGCUGGGAAACAUUCCAUAAAAAUUUUUAUAACAAAUACAGAGAUUGA